UCUCGACAUCUUCCUCUUCCGUCUUCCCUCUUCCCAACCCCAAACCCCCCCACCCCGCCCGCUUCUCUCUCUCUCUCGAUCGCGAGUCCGUCGUCUUAGUAUCGAAGAAAUUUGAGCUAGCAGGAGGAGACGAGAAGGAACCGACUCCUCUUUGUCGGAUUUCGAGGUCCGACGUCGCCGCCAUCGAGAUUUCUCGGGGGCGGACACGGUCGAUGGAUUCCGAUCUCUGGAUCUCUCGCCUCGCCGCCGCAAAGAGGCAUUACUCGAUUCAGCAUCAGUACAGCUUCCAAUCAGAUCGGUUGAGCAUCGAUGAGUUCGAGAUGGAGGAGGAGGAGGAGGAGGAGGAGGAGGAUGUCCGGCCGGAUUUCCCCUGCCCCUACUGCUACGAGGAUCACGACAUCACGUCGCUGUGCUCCCACCUUGAAGAAGAGCAUGCUUUCGAGUCCAAAGCCGCUGUUUGCCCUAUCUGCACUAUAAAGGUUACAAAAGAUAUGCUGAACCACAUCAUCUUCCAACAUGGGCACAUAUUCAAGCUGCAAAGACAUCGAAGAUUACGCAGAUUUGGGAUACCUAGCGGUCACACACUCUCUCUUUUCGGGAGGGAUUUGUAUGAGUCUCAUUUGCAGGUGCUUUCGGGAAGUGCUGGUUACGGAUCAAACCACAUCGAUGAGUCAAAUAUCGCAGCUGAUCCAUUUCUUUCGACACUUCUGAUGAACUUUCCAACAUCUGGGGCAGAAGAAGCUUCAAAACCUUCCCCCGAUGAGAAUUCUUAUAGGAAAAAGGAAUCAAUUUUACCUUAUUCAAAAUUAAGUUUGAACGCUUCUUCAUUGGCAUGCGAGCAAAAGGAACAAAGGCAAAAACAGGCCACAGGUAGAGCAGAUUUUGUGCAGGAUCUACUUGUCUCCACUCUUUUUGGUGAUUAAGAAAGCUGGGGGACAUGUUGCUGAUGCUACAUGGAGGCCAUUUUGGUUUCAUCUUCCUGCCUUUUAGAUGCAAGGUUAAGUUUGGCGUAUGUAAACUACCUUAGAUUAUGUUUACAGUGCAACCGCCCACUUUGCAGAAUAUGAUGCAUCAUAUGUAUUAAUCAGUUUUAACAAUGCUAUACGUAGUAAUGAUGCAGCAUACGUAUUUCAGAAA